UAUACACGUCAAUAACACGUCGUGUCGUGAAAGGUUUAGUUUUUUUCCGUCGCCGCGAAACGAUUCGAGCGCGUGCUGGAGAUUAUGAGGGGGAUGAUACGUUAACGCGGGACCAUUCGACUUUUCGUGUGAGAUGCUUGAUACUCGCUCGACGACAACGACACGGUACAAGUAAACGGCGAGGUCGAUAUUCGUUUUAUCGCGAUGCCGCCGAGUCGUUUGGACGCAGUUUACCGGAGCAUCCUACUCACCAAGUUCUUCACGAAGGGCUGGGGCAAUCCACAAAAUUUAAGAAGAAUUUUUGAAUUCAGGAAAGUUAUCGCAAACCGGAAAACAUGCUACAAUAUGAUACCAAUUAACUAUCCGAUAGAGAUAACAAAAGAUGAAGUUUGGUCAGACUGUCAUAUAAUUGAGGGUCGAUUUGAAUCACCUUUUGAGAAGCAUCUUCCAGGAAUAAUGCCAGAUAAAACUAAGAUGGCCUAUUUUCAAAUGGUUUUACCAUCUAAAUGGAAUUCUCAUAAAAUAAAACCGAUUUGUUUACAUCUUGCAGGAACGGGCGAUCAUUUUUUUUGGCGACGUAGAAAUCUUAUUGCUAAACCACUACUCAAGGAAUCUGGGAUUGCAUCGAUACUGUUGGAAAAUCCAUUUUACGGAUUGAGAAAGCCAGACGAUCAAAAACGUUCUAGUCUGCACAAUGUAUGUGAUAUCUUUAUUAUGGGAGGCUGCCUGAUAAUGGAAUCUAUUGUUUUGUUAAACUGGUGUGAACAACAUGGAUUUGGUCCAUUGGCUCUCACUGGAUUGUCGAUGGGUGGACAUAUGGCAUCUUUAGCAGCUACCAACUGGCCGAAGCCAAUUUCAUUAGUACCUUGUCUGUCGUGGUCAACUGCUUCGCCUGUGUUUACGGAAGGAGUAAUGAGUGCAUCGAUAAAUUGGGCACUUUUGGAGACGCAAUAUUUUUCGGAUGAAGCAUAUCAAAAUGAUCUCGCAAAAAUGGUGAAAGUUAUCGAUCAUGAUGAUGCUUUCUUAGCUGGCCAACAUUUUGCAAAGCACUUUCCUGCAAGCAUGAAGAGAGUAAAUAAGUUGAGAAAAGAGUUUAAUGAAAGCAAUGAAGACAAUAACACUAUAAGUGAUGCAAUUAGUACCAAUUCUAUUGAUAAUCGUAAUGAAAUUAAUGUCUCCAUUGAAUCUAAAAACGAUAGCAAUCAGUUGCAAUAUCAGAUUGCAGAAGAGAAGGCAGCAGCUAAGAUAUUUCCCUUAAAUCUGAUUUCUAAUAGAUUUAAAUCAAAGAAUCCUAAUACUCUCAAAGGCGUUUGCUUAUUGCCAGUGCCGAAACAUCCGCUGUUUUCAGACAAUAAAUGGCGUGAACACGAGGCAUUGCAAUUUAUGCGCGGCAUUAUGGACGAGUGCACACAUUUGAAGAAUUUUGAGAUACCUGUUGACACUGAAUUAAUCAUUGCUGUCUGCGCCAAGAACGACGCUUAUGUACCACGAGAUCAUUGCAUGAGUUUGGAAACUAUAUGGCCGGGAGCUGAAAUUCGUUAUAUCGAUGCUGGACAUGUCAGUGCUUAUCUUCUUCAUCAGAAAGUUUUUAGAUCUACAAUAGCGGAAUGCAUUCAGCGAUCUAUGAAAAAAUAUCCUACAGAGGUUAGUUGAUGUGUAAUAUUUGCGAAUUUUAUUACAAUUUUACAUUAUUUCGAGACUCUCUUAAAUUUUAUUAGAUAACGAAAUAUUUUCCGAGUUUGUGAUUAACUAGAACUUUUUUACGCUUGAGGAUCUCUGUAUGCGCACGUGUGAUCUAUUUUUAAAUCAUGAUAAUUAUCUUGUACAAAAGAGUACAAUUGUUCAGUCAAUUUAGUAUUUAAUGUAUUGUUACACAGAAUGAGCUAGUUGCCAAUAAAAUGUUCCUACAAUAAUAAAACAAUAACACAAUA